AUGGCGGCACCUCACGUCCUGGCCCUGCCCUUCCCUGCCCAGGGCCACGUCAUCCCUCUGAUGCAGCUCUCCCACCGGCUGGUCGAGAAUGGCAUCGAGGUCACAUUCGUCAACACCGAGGCCAACCACGCGCUCGUGCUAGACGCGAUGCCGGCUGACGGCAGUGGCCGGUCGCUCGACGUCGAUGGCAUCCACCUGGUGGCCGUCCCAGAUGGGCUGGCCGACGGCGACGACCGCAAGGACCUCGGCAAGCUCGUGGACGGCUGUCGCGGCACAUGCCGGGCUACCUGGAGGAGCUUGUGGGUCGCCAAGAAGCUCGGCAUCAGGGCCGCCGCCUUCUGGCCCGGGUCGGCUGCCUUCCUCGACACAACGUUGAGAAUUCCUCAGAUGAUACAGGACGGCUUCAUCGACGAGAAAGGCUGGCCAAAACGGCAGGAGACAUUCCAGUUCGCGCCGGGGAUGCCACCGCUCCACACGUCGCAGCUACCGUGGGACAACGCCGGCGCGCCGGAAGGCCAACCGGCCAUAUUCCAGCUCGUCAUCCGGAACAACGAGGCCAAAGACCUCGCCGAGGUCAUCGUGUGCGACUCGUUCCGCGACGCGGAACCCGGCGCGUUCAAGCUGUACCCCGACGUCAUGCCCAUCGGCCCCCUGCUCGCCGACCGUCAGUUCCAGAGACCGGUGGGGCAGUUCUUACUGGAGGACACCGGGUGCCUCGAGUGGCUCGACGCGCAGGCCGACCGCUCCAUCGUGUACGUGGCGUUCGGCAGCUUCACCGUGUUCAACCCGCGGCAGUUCGAGGAGCUUGCGCUGGGGCUGGAGCUCGCUGGCCGGCCGUUCUUGUGGGUGGUGCGGCCCGACUUCGCCGCUGGCCUCAGCAAAGCGUGGCUCGACGAGUUCCGGGACCGUGUCGGCGGCAGGGGCAUGAUCGUGAGCUGGUGCCCCCAGCAGCAGGUACAUAUGUUCCACGCCAUACUUGCAGCGUCGUCCUGCACAGCAUAUCGUCACCGUGGGGUGCUUCCUUCCACUGGACAGGUGCUGGCUCACCGUGCGGUGGCGUGCUUCGUGUCGCACUGCGGGUGGAACUCGACGCUGGAGGGGAUGCGGAACGCGGUGCCGUUCCUGUGCUGGCCCUACUUCACGGACCAGUUCCAGAACGAGAGCUACAUCUGCAACGUGUGGAGGACCGGCUUGGCGGUGGCGCCGGGGCCGGACGGCGUCGUGGCCAAGGAGGAGCUGAGCGGCAAACUGGAGCGAGUCCUCGGAGACGACGGGAUCAGGGAGAGGGUGAGCGCGCUCAGGGACGCGGCGUGCAGGUCCAUCGCCGAGGGUGGGUCGUCGCAUGACAACGUCAAGAAGUUCGUGGACCUCCUGAAACUGAAAGAAUGA